CUUUUCUUCUUGUUUUUCGAUGUGAAACUUAAGCUACAUUUGGUUGGGAGGAAUGAAAUGGAAAGGAAAAGCCAUUCCACCUAAUUCCAUUUGGUUUCAUUUUUUGGGUUAGAAAGGGUAGGAAAGCCCAUUCAGUCAUUUUGAAGGAAUUGGCAUUCACGUGGGGGGCUAUGGAAUUGCUUUUCCAUUCACGUGAGGAAAGCCCUGAUUCACAUUUUGUCCAAAAUCUCCCUGCCCUAGCCCCCAAUUCUUGCUCGACCACCGAGCUCCCCCAUCGACCUCCAGCGACUCCUCCUCACGUCCUUUUUUUUUUUUCUUCUUCUCGAUCUCCGGCAAGAGAGGUUUGGCUCGAUUCUUUUCGAUCUCCGGUGAAUAUCCAAGAGGUUUGGCUCCGAUCGAAACGAAGAAGUUCUCGCGCGGCUCGAUUCUUGGCUCGCUUCGUUGCUGCUACUGCUGCUGCUUCUCGGAUCUUCACCGGCACGAAGACGAGACUCUUUUCAUUUGCAGCAUUAGAUAUGGAUAUUGACGUGGAUCACUACAGCGUUCUUGGGUUACCUUCUGGUGAAGAAGGUGCCAAGCUUACUGAGAAAGAGAUUUCAAAGGCGUAUAGGAUAAAGGCUUUGGAGUUACACCCAGACAAGAGGCCGGACGAUCCAAAUGCACAUGAGAACUUUCAAAGGCUAAAAACCUCAUAUGAGAUACUCAAGGAUGAGAAAGCCAGAAAAUUGUUUGAUGAUCUCUUGAAGGUUAAGCGGGAGCAGCAACGCCGUCACUCUGAACGCGAUGCCAGGAAAAGGAAGAUGGUGUCUGAUCUUGAAGAAAGAGAGAGGGCUGCAUUUGCUCCUGACCCUGCUGCAAGAGAACGAGAGGAAGAGGAAAGAAUUGCUAAGAAGCUUAAGGAGGAGAUUGUGAGGAUACGUGCAAUGCAUGCAAAUAAAGGGGCAGCUGCUGCUUCGGUUCCGAAGAUGGAGAACGGGAAAGUUGGUAAAGAGAGUGAAAGUAUCGGUGCGGUAAAAUUGGAUAAGGAGAGGAUACUUAAGGUGUCUUGGGAGAAAGUUGGCGAGGGUUACACAGCGGAGAGGUUGAGGGAGGAGUUCUCAAGAUUUGGUGACGUCGAAGAUGUUGUCAUUAAGAACAAGAAGAGAGGCUCGGCUAUUGUUGUAAUGGCCAAUAAAGAUGCAGCUGUUGCUGCUACAGGCACAUUGUGCGGCAAUCUUUCCAACCCAUUGCUGGUUUUACCUCUCCAACCAGCUAGAGCGGCAGAGGUUCCAAUUAUCCAGAAGUCGCCCGAACGCGAUGAUCAUGUGGGUGGAGUUGGCUAUCAAGCGUUUGAGGAUGCUGUUCUGGAAAAAAUGAAAAUGGCUGCAGAAAAGCAGAGAAAUGAGAAGUAAAAGCAUCAUCAAAAGGAAAUCACCUCAUGGCAUGCGUGCGAUCGUCUGAAUUCCUAUUCGGAUAAUGUUUGUGCACGUGAUGGUGUUGGAGGUAUUAUUUGUCCUUUGCGUGAUUGAGGAUUAAUAUGCUUUCAUAGUUGCAUGGAAAGGCCGAUUGGGGAACUGAAAUCUUUGUAUCACUCUCACCCCAAUGAAUUGGCGUGGUGGUUGAAACUUGAAAGUUAUCAGCUUUGUAACGCAUGCUCAGCCAUUGGGUUUCCAGACCUUUGGUUUUGUUAAUUUUACUGUAACAUUACUCUGAAUAGUCUUGAAAAAAAAAAAAAAGCAUUGGAGAGAUGGUUCGUUUACUUGGAGAUGGUCUGUUAUACCAUUUUAGUAGUGACAAUUUUCAUAAA